GUUUACGUUGCCGUUCUCAAGUGAUGUGUUUGCCAUAAAUAUUCAUUUGUUAUCAUAUUUCCGUCAACUAGUGUUUUUUUUUUAAAACUCAACAACGCCUACCACAAGUUAUAGUAUGGACACGAUGUACUUCGGAGGUGUUGAAGGUGGAGCGACGCAGUCAAAUCUGGUGAUCUGCGACAGUACAGGUACAGUCGUGGGCAAAGCCAAAGGACCGGGGACCAAUCACUGGGCGCUGGGUAUUGAAGAAUGUGCUAACCGAAUCAUCGAUAUGCUCCACGCUGCGAAGAAAGACGCUGGCAUACCGCUGGAUCAGCCGUUGGACUCAUUGGGUCUCACGUUGUCCGGGUGCGAGCAGGAGAGUAGUAAUGCAGAGCUUUCAGACCGUGUGAGGGAAAAGGACGGAGAUUGCGCUAGAGCAAUCUACGUGGCAUCAGACACAGCUGGGUCUUUGUUCACUGGUGCUCCCAAUGGUGGAAUGGUGCUUAUUGCUGGUACGGGAUCAAAUGCUCUAUUAAGAACACCAGACGGUCAGCAGUAUGGCUGUGGCGGGUGGGGAUAUCUUCUGGGUGAUGAAGGUGGAGCUUACUGGAUCGCCCAUCGCGCUGUCAAGACCAUAUUUGAUGAUGAAGACGGCCUGCUCCCAUCACCACAUCCAACGGAACAGGUCUGGAAGGUGAUCAGCGAACAUUUCAAGGCAUACACGAGAGCUGAUCUGCUACCACACGCUUAUAAGAAUUUCGAUAAGCCACAUUUUGCAGGUCUAACAGCGAAACUAUCGAAAUUAGCAGAAGAAGGGGACGCAUUGUCUCAACACUUAUUCGCAGAUGCGGGAGCGGCUCUAGCGGCUUACAUUGCCGCACUUUCCGAACGGGCUCAUACUGGGAGGAAUGGUUCAUGUGACCGGCUCAGAGUUGUGUGUGUUGGUUCAGUGUGGAAUAGUUGGGAGACCUUACGGCAGGGCGUGUUGAAACAGCUGGCUGCGAGACGAGUAAAAGUUGAACUAGAGCUGGUUCGUCUCAAAGUAUCAAGCGCUAUGGGAGCAGCGUGGCUCGGAGCUAAACAAAUAAACUUUAAUCUCCCAAGAGACGAUAGCGCUUUCUGUGAAGUAUUCUACACAUACAGACCAGACAUCAACGGUAAAGGCACUAGAUCACAUAAUAGUAAAAUGGAAAACGGGAUACAGGGCUGUGGAUCGGCAGCUGGAGUAAUAGGUUAUGUUAGUUAUAAAGAAAAGAUAUCAGCCGCCUCUUUGAUAAGUUUAUCAGGUAGACGGGAGAAGUAUAACUUCAUAGCUGAUGUCGUGGCCGUGUCUGCUCCCUCUGUGGUGUAUAUAGAGAUUAAGGAUGAGAGAAGGGUUGAUAUGUUUACCGGUGAGCCGAUGACUCUAUCGAAUGGGUCUGGGUUUAUAGUAAAGGAAGACGGUUUAAUACUUACGAAUGCUCAUGUGGUCGUCAAUAAACCCAAUGCAACAGUCUCGGUCAGAUUAAUGGAUGGCACCAAACACAUAGGUCUCGUUGAAGAUGUUGACUUAAAAUCCGAUUUAGCAACAUUAAGGAUACCUGUUAAGAAUCUACCUACGAUGAAGUUAGGGUCAUCUGCCGACAUCAAGCCUGGCGAGUGGGUAGUAGCAAUGGGAAGUCCUUUAGCUUUGAGCAAUACUGUAACGGCUGGGGUUGUCAGUUCUACGCAGAGAGCAAGCAAGGAACUCGGCUUAAGAGGCAAAGACAUGGUAUACAUACAAACUGAUGCGCCAAUAACGUUCGGUAACAGCGGAGGGCCGCUUGUCAACUUGGACGGUGAGGCCAUCGGCAUCAAUAGCAUGAAAGUAACCUCUGGGAUAUCGUUUGCGAUACCAAUUGAUUAUGUUAAGGAGUUUCUAGCUAAAAGUAAAACGAAGUCGCCACCGGUGUCCCGGAGGUAUUUAGGAAUAACAAUGCUGUCCCUAACGCCGAAUAUACUUAUGGAACUGAGAAUGAGAAAUCCUGAGAUGCCAACUGACAUUGAACAUGGUAUUCUGGUGUGGAAAGUAAUCAUUGGAUCGCCAGCUUACAAUGGAGGCCUCCAACCAGGUGAUAUAGUGACAACAAUAAAUGGAAAGCCAGUGACAAGCGCUAGUGAUAUCUACAAUGCCCUAGAAAGUGCCCCGGGGAAGCUAACCAUGCAAGUCGUACGAGGCAGAACUAGAACUACGAUCACAAUAACCCCAGAAGUACAUUAGGGUGCUUUAUAUAGUGAAUUGUUCAUUUGGGCUUAUGAUUACUCGAUAACUAGAAAAAUAAUCAAUGUACAUAAGAAUUUGCAAAAAAAAAAGAAUAACAUAUAGUCUAAAGUUGUUAAAUGUCAAAAAUUGGCGGGAAAUAUAAAUUAUUUUAGUGUGGUAUCUCUAUAAAUCUUUGUUAAAUUUGACAGUUUUACUUUAUGCUUGUAAAAGUAAUGUUAUAACGUUUUGUUUUAUUAUUUCGUUUGUUAACCAGUGGUAAGAAGUGAUUUAGAUUUGUAAAAUGUUUAUAGAAGUUAAUUUGAAUGAAUUAUAAUUUUUAAAUAUG